GGUCAGAUCAUAACCGUAAUAAACAAACAGAAUCAGUGUGACGUGUUUUCAGGCUGAUUCAGGAUCAGCUGAGCGGAGGCUGAAAAGCAGCCGCAGGCCAAAUGUUAUCUAACAUGAACGUCGGGUCGGUUCAGAGCAGGAACAUCGACCCAAACUGACUUCCUGUGAGCCAUCUGCUGCCCAGGAGGAGGACGCGGAGGAGGAGGAGGUUCAACAUGUAGACCAUCAUCAGGGUUAGACUGGAACCUACAUUGGGUUCUGGUACUUCUGGGUCGGGCCCGUUAUCCUCCUGAGUUGUUGAGACUCUUUGGAACACGUCGGCUAAGCGAUGCAUCACGCUGGCAGCAGGAUCUCCUGAGGGGGGCGCCGUCCUGUCCUCGGCCUCCUGACCUCCACCAGGAGCAGCCUGCUGCUCAUCAUCCAGCCUCCGCCCUCCUGUUGGUGUUCACUGGAGCACAAAUACCUCAUGCUCCACCUCUUUGGUUUCUCCAUCAGUCAGUCAGUGACAGCUCCAUCGGAGCCUGGGUGGAGUUUUCGCCUUCACAGCGUGUACUCACUUCAUCUCUGCUGUUUCUGGGUCAGAACUUUGUCUCUGCACACUGCUGCUCAUGCAGAGAUGAAGUCAGCUGUUCUUCUGUGAUGACGUCUUUCAGUCUCCGUGUUGGUCUGUCUCCUUCAGGACACGCUGAGGCCUCCGUCCCUCAAACAUGUGAUUCACGUGUUCCUGAAGGUGCAUUCAGGGACUGUCAGCAGAACAAGAAGAGCAGUGUUUGUUUGUGCUAAUGUAGCCUCCAGAUGAACACACCACGUCAGCGGUGCAGGAGCCGGAGCCAGCUGUGUUCAUGUUGGACAGCGAGUUCUUCUGUCUGUCUUUGACCGUCUGUGUGUGUCCUCCACCCGUGUCCUCCACCCAUGUCUGCAUGUCCUGUAAAACUUUAAAGCUGUGUGAGCUAAUAAAACACUGCUCCUCCUCUUUCUCUUUUCUCCUGCAGGAGGCGCUGCAGAGUGUGAAGAUGGCCAACGCCGUGGCUUCCUACGACCAGCUGGCCCACCAGGUGGAGGCGCUCCGUAAGGAGAACUCCCACCUGAGGAGGGAGCUGGAGGACAACUCCAACCACCUGUCCAAACUUGAGAAUGAGACCUUCGGCAUGAAGGAGGUGUUGAAGCAGCUGCAGAGUAAACUGGAGCAGGAAGCAGGAACUCUGGCAUCGUCCGGGCGGAGCGAUGUGCUGCACCAACUCAAAGAGCUCCACAUGGACCUCACCAACUACUACGAGCUCAAACACCAACCUCACAACCUGAGGCUGCUGCCCGACGGCCUGGGAGGGGCGGGGCUAACAGGUGUGGGAGGGGUGGAGCUAGAUGAUUGUCUGGCUCUUCCUUCCUCCUGCUCCUCGUCCUCGGCGGCGGCGAGCAGAGCCAGGAGUCCACUCCGAGUGUCGUCCCGUCUGAGCUCAGCGUCCGGGUUAGAGUCCACUGCUGUCGUGAUGCCGCAUCACUUCCUGGAUGGAGCCCCGCCCAAAACGGCCGUGAUCAGCGGGGCGGACGGACGCCAGAGCGACCAUCACCUGGAGGAGCUGUACAAGGAGAGGAACCUCCUGCUGGGGGAGAUCGACCGCGAGGAGAGGGAGCGCUGCUGGUACUUCAGCCAGCUGGAGGCGCUGUCUCAGAGACUGUCUCAGCUGCCUCGCAUCGACACGUUCUCUCUGCAGAUGGAUCUGAUCCGGCAGCAGCUGGAGUUUGAAGCGCAGCAGGUCCAGUCCGUGAUGGAGGAACGCUUCGGCACCAGAGACGAGAUGGUUCAGAGGACACAGAUGCGUGUUGCCCGUCUGGAGCAGCUGCAGAAAGAGCUGCAGGAGGCCCGAGGGAGUCAGGAGAGCCAGCUACAGCUGUCUGGAGCUGAGAAGCCCCCUGCUGGAGAACCAGAGAAUAACACGUCGUCAGCUGCUGCAGCAGGAACUGAAGCUUCUGCAGAUGGAGGCAGCAAGGUGGAGAUGGUCUUCUGGCUGCUCUCCAUGCUCGCUAACAGAGAUAAGGAGGAGAUGUCUCGGACUCUGCUGGCUCUGUCCAGCUCUCAGGACAGCUGCAUUGCCAUGAGAAAAUCUGGCUGCGUCCCGCUGCUGGUCCAGAUCCUGCAUGAAGCUCCGGGUACCAGCAGCGGGCCCGGGGAGACCUCAGCGGGCGGUACAAUGAUGGGCUGCAGCCGAGAGGCCAAAUCCAGAGCCAGCGCCGCCCUCCACAACAUCAUCUACUCCCAGCAGGACGAGGGCCAGGCCCGCCGUGAGAUGAGGGUGCUGCACAUGCUGGAGCAGAUCCGGACCUACUGUGACAGCGGCUGGGACUGGAUCGAAAGUCAUGCAGGGACACCUUCACCCGCAGGAACCAAAACCACCGACAUACCUGAACCUGUGGACCCUCAGAUCUGUCAGGCCAUGUGCGCCAUCAUGAAGCUUUCCUUUGAAGAGGAGUACCGCCGCGCCAUGAAUGAACUAGGUGGUCUGCAGGCGGUGGCUGAUCUGAUCCACCUGGACCAGGACAUGUACGGCAUGCAGAACGACCCCAUCAACAUGGCGCUGCGCCGCUACGCAGGGAUGGCAGUGACUAACCUGACCUUUGGAGACGUCGUCAACAAGGCCACCCUGUGCUCAAAGAAGAGCUGCCUUCAGGCUCUGGUGGCCCAGCUGGCCUCAGACAGCGAGGAGCUUCAUCAGGUGGUCUCCAGCAUCCUGAGGAAUCUGUCCUGGAGGGCCGACAUCAGCAGCAAGAGAGUCCUCCGAGACAUCGGCUGCGUGUCUGCGCUGAUGACCUGCGCCCUGCAGGCCACAAAGGAGUCGACCUUGAAGAGUCUUUUGAGUGCUCUGUGGAACCUGUCAGCUCACAGCAUCGACAACAAGGUGGCCAUCUGCUCGGUGGACGGAGCUCUGGGCUUCCUGGUCAGCACGCUGACAUACAGAUGUCAGACCAACUCACUCGCCAUCAUCGAGAGCGGCGGAGGGAUCCUUCGAAACGUUUCGAGUCUGGUCGCCACACGGGAAAACUAUAGGCAAAUCCUCAGGGACCACAACUGCCUCCACACUCUGCUGCAGCACCUGCGGUCCCACAGCCUGACCAUAGUGAGCAACGCCUGCGGGACUCUGUGGAACCUUUCUGCCCGAAGUCCAAAAGACCAGGAGCUUCUGUGGGACCUCGGUGCAGUUAGCAUGCUGCGCAACCUUAUCCACUCCAAGCACAAGAUGAUAGCCAUGGGCAGCGCCGCAGCUCUAAGGAACCUCCUCACCAAUCGACCCCUGAAAUAUAAGGAUGCUGCAGUCGUAUCUCCCGGCUCCUGCAUGCCCUCGCUCUACAUGAGGAAACAGAAGGCUCUGGAGGCUGAGCUGGAUGCCAAACACCUAGCAGAGACUUUUGAUACCCUUGAGAAACAGAGCCCCAAGCACUUGACCCUAAACAAGCCUCUACGGCACAUUGAAAGUCUGGCAAAGGAUUAUGCGUCUGAUUCUGGUUGUUUUGAUGAUGAUGAGGCUCCAAAUGUCUCCAGCAGCCUGGACACUGGGAGCUUUUCUAUGCUGUCCAUGUUCCUUACCAACUCUAACUUCCUGCAAAACCAGCCACGUAAGAGAGACAGUGAACCUGAAAGAGACAUAGAUCCGCCUCACAUGGCUGAGAAGAGACACGCACCUACUGACGAUGUAGUAUCUGCUGCUGCAGAGAAGCUCGCCAAAAAGAUCACCAACACGGUUGCCAAGAUCGAUAGGUUAGUGGAAGACAUCACCAUGCACACAUCCUCAGAGGACAGCUUUAGUCUCAGCUCUGAGGACCACCUGGCAGACUGGCCGUAUGGCCUGGAUGAACUUAACGAAGCCAGAGCAAAAUCAUGCUCUCCCUGCCGUCUCUCUGAUACAAGCAGCUUGGCCCACAGAGAACGCCUCAGUAGAGCCCAUGCCCUCCUGCGCCUCAAAACUGCCCAUACAAGUGUGUCAACAGACAGCCUGAAUAGUGGAAGCACCAGUGAUGGCUACUGCGGCAGCAAAGACCAGAUGCGACCUGUUCCAAGAGCCCUAAUGAUGCAACAGCGACCCAACCAGCUGGAUCUCAAGGUAGCCCAUCAAGAUUACCUUAACCUAGGACCUUCUGUCCUGAAUGAGACUAACCAGCAAGAUAUUCCUGAGAGAGACUCUGUGGACAACAAAGAUGUGAAAGCUUUAGAGUUCAGCAGCACAGAUGCAGAAAAGAACCAGGAUCAACCUGUGCAAACACCUGUCAGUGCAUCCACUAAGGUGUCCUCUGAUGUCAGCAUGACUUCAAUUAAACUGUCUCCUUCCUAUCAACAGGUCCCGCUCAUUCAGAGCGUGGCCAAAUUUGGAGUAGCAAAGACAGCUAUCAAUGUCCAGGCUGCCCAAGCAAUGAGGAGGCAAGCAUGGGUACCGACUGUGAUGACUGGGGGGAGUAUUACAAAAUUUUCUCCAAUGACAUCCACCAGAAGCCCAACCAUCGGGACGAUGGAGACAGUCCAGAAAUACUCGGUGGAGAACACCCCGAUUUGCUUCUCCCGCUGCAGUUCACUUUCCUCCCUCUCUUCUGGCGAUGGAGCGCUGGAUGGACAAAGUGAAAACGAGCUGGAGAGCGACUCAUCACUAGAAAUAAUUGAAGUGGAGGAUGAAGAAGUGGUGAAGAGAGUUGAAGAGGAUGAAACUCUGGAGGAUCUGAGUGACAGCCAGCUGCUGAUGACAGAUUCAAAAACCUUCCCCAGCAAAGAAACCGAUCCCAUCGAGAUCCCCUGUCCUGCCAAAAGGGAAAAGGUGUUCCUUAGAGGAGCUUCACCAGCCAUACUUGAAGACAGAUCUCCAUCCAGUUCAUCUGAGAACUACAUACAUGAGACACCUCUAGUAAUGAGUCGCUGUAGCUCCGUCAGUUCACUGGGCAGCUUUGAGUCUCCCUCUAUUGCCAGCUCAAUCCAAAGUGAUCCAUGCAGUGAGAUGAUUGAUGGAACAAUAAGCCCUAGUGAUCUUCCUGACAGCCCAGGGCAAACCAUGCCUCCCAGUCGAAGUAAAACUCCAUGUUGUGUUGAGUCAAAUGGACCAGAAACACAGGCCACAGGAAUAUCAGGACAGUGGGAAAACAGCCUGCGAAAGUUCAUGGAGAUCGCAGACUCCAAAGAGAGGUUUAACCUUCCUCCUGACCUGGACACCAUGAUCUACUUCACUGUGGAAAAACCCACUGAGAACUUCUCUUGUGCUUCAAGUUUAAGUGCUCUGCCUCUUCAUGAACACUACAUACAGAAAGAUGUGGAACUGAAAUUGACCCCUCUACUCCAGCAAAAUGACAAAAAUCUCCCUUUCCCUGAUGAGGAUGAGCAAGGACUUGACCAGGGGGAGAGAUACAGUGAGGGCAACUCGGACGACGACAUAGAAAUCUUAAAGGAAUGCAUCAACUCGGCAAUGCCCUCCAAGUUCAGAAAAGUAAGACCUUCACUGAUGACCACCAUCCCUCCUCAUAUUCUGAAUUCCAGAAACCCAAUACAUCUCCCAGUGUACAUGAUGCUACCAAAUGGCAAAACCCAAAUGUGUCCUGGGAGGAGAAUUGUCAUCCCACAAAAGGACUUCAAAUUUGAUGAUUCAUCCUUCACUGAUUCUGCAGAAGGUACACCUGUUAACUUCUCCAGCACAACAUCACUAAGCGAUGAAACACUUCAGUAUCCUGUAAAGGACAGAGGUGCUAAAGACUGCACCGCUAAAGGAAUGAACAAACAGGAACUGGUCGAUGAUGAGGCAAAGAGGAUUGAAGACUUGAGGAUUUUCUCACACUUCCACAAACCCAACAGGAUGAACUACCCACCUGAGAUACAAAUGAACCGAGCAACCAAACAUGUGAUUCCCACUCAGCGGGUGCUGAUGCAAAGCAAAGAGGUAGCUGAUAGAGUGGCAAGCCAAAGAAAUCGUGAUCAGUCUCCUAACCAACAAAAGAGGAGGCAAGGUCAAGGUCCCAUCAGGAAACUGGAACUGCCUGUUAUAAAGCAAAACACAGACAGUAACCUUAAUGUGGGAGCACAAAAAGGAAACGCAAUGUUUCGACAGAUGACUCGCUCUUCAGAGGACAGUAACGGCUUCUAUGAUGAUGAAAAUGAAAAAGAGGAAGCCAUGAAACGAACAAGUAGAAAACAGACCAGGGAAGCAAGUAGAAAUGCUCUCUCCCGGAGCAUGACAAAUAUUGGCAGGAUUGAUAAUCCCCAAAGCAAGUCCAGAGGGUUUCACAGGAUAAAACAGAACCUGAUAAAGGAUGAAUCCCUGGCAUGUUACUCACUCAGCUCAUCUCUCAGUUCACUGAGUGAUGCUGAGUUUGAGGAUCAUAAAUCAAAAGCCCAGCAAAUAUGGUACAAGAACAGACACAACAAAACACUUAAUAUGGUGCAACAAGCAAAGCCUAUGACAAUUCAUAGCCAAUACGAAGAGCCAAGCUCCCCAAGCUCUGUAAGCAUGGAUUCAGAGGAUGACCUUCUUCAGAAAUGCAUAACAUCUGCCAUGCCAAAGCAGAGAAGAAAGCUUGCUGCCAGGAAGAAGAAAGCAGAAAACACUCAGAAACAGAAACAGAAGGCCUCUGAUGGGUGGAACAUGGAUGAGGAAAUGGAUAGUGAUGAUACGGCAUGGGAUAAAGAUUCAGACCUCAACAGUGUUGAAUGGAGAGCCAUACAAGAAGGUGCUAAUUGUGUUGUCACUGGGCUGCAGGCAUCAAAGUCUCAGGAGCCAUCCUCUGAAGAGACUGAAUCAGUCCUGUCAUUCAUGUCGACAUCCAGCUUCACACCCAAAGAAAGGAAGUUUGCUAAAGAUAAAAAGGCAAAUAAACCUCUUGACUUCGCUCAGCGCAAGCCAGUUCCAAACUUACCGGUGGUUUUCAGAGGCAGAACAGUGAUCUAUACACCGAAAAAAGAAACCGCUCCAUCACAGAGACCUCCUCCCAGGAAAGUGCCAACCAAGUCAGAUGCUCCUAAGAACCCGAACCUUGCUCAGCACAGAUCAAAGAGCCUUCACAGAUUAGGCCGUCCCCAGGAAAAUGAAUUAUCUUUGCCAAAGAGAAGCUCUACUCCACCUCCAAGGAUACCAAAAAGUUCAUCCUCUGGAUCAUCACAAAGCUCUACACCUUCUAAACAGUCGCAGAAGAAGAUAACAUCCCCAAUUCAGGCAAAUAAACCCGUCCAGAAAAAGAAUGCCUCACCAACUACUCCACCAGCUAGUAGUCCCCCUGAAAGAAAGGGACGCUCUCCUGUUGUGAAUCAAAAUGAAAAAUCUCCACCGCCUAAAACUCAGAAGUCACCUGUCCGAAUCCCUUUCAUGCAAAAUUCAGUCAGACCCAGACCCCUGUCUCCUCUGGUGACAAACCAAACAACCUGCAGACAAACCAGUCAGGUCAGUGGGAAAAGGGUGCCACCCCCCAAUCGAUUUGAACUGGUCAGGAUGACUUCAGUCCAUUCAAGUGGUGGUGAGUCUGAUCGCAACGGAUUCUUGAGACAGCUGACAUUUAUUAAAGAAUCAAAGAAUGCACUGAGACGCGAUGGCUCUGGACGCAACGUGCCUGGAUCUCAGAAUGGAUCCCCCCGUAGAGCAGUUCCUGGAGCUUCAGCUGUCUUCCUUUGCUCAUCACGCUGUCAGGAACUUAAGGUAGCUGUGCAAACCCAGAGAAGGGUGCAAGUAAAAGGUCCAGGACAAGCACAGCAAGUCCAGAGGCCAGACUAUGGCCAACAGAAGCAGACUACAACCCUCUCCAGAGCAACCUCCAGUGAAAGGGACCUAUCUGCAAGACGCCCAGGCAGGAGAACAAGCUCUGAAAGCCCCUGCAGGGUGGCUCAGCGAAAUGGGCCGGGUAGAGUGUCUGCAGUCAGGCAGGAGCAGCAAGACAAAGAUACCUUUAAACGUCAUGCCUCAUCACCAAGCAUAAACAUACUGAGCAGAGUGACCAGCCGUUCUUCCCUCCGCUCUUCAUCAUCUGAUUCGAGUGGAAGAGCAAAGAGCGAGGAUGAUACAAAGAAGAAAGGGCAGAGAUCUGCAUCUCGGAUAAAUGACAGAGUCACCUGGAGGAGGAUCAGGGAUGAAGAUGUACCUCAGAUCUUGAAAAGCACUCUGCCAGCCAAUGCAUUACCUCUGGUGCCUUCUCCUGAUGGGGAAAAGCCAAAGCCACCAGCUCUUCCAGGAAAACUGCCAACCAUUUUACUUGCUUCACGCAAGACAAGUGAUGCAACAGUCCAGACAGAAGACUUUUCUAACAAGACCAACUCGAGCACUUCUCCAACAGUUGAUGCUCCAGUGACGUCAGAAGAAGUGGCUCGACUGGCACUACUCAGAAAGAUUAGUGCCACCUCCGGGGGUGACGGAGAUUCAGACGGGUCCCUGAGGAGCCACAGCACCGUCUCCACAGGAACAUCAGACAGCCAUGUGGGUGGAGUUGUCCAUUUCCGCCAAGGAUCCCCCAGCAAGGCCGCCCGAGUCACUCCAUUUAAUUACACCCCAAGCCCCAUGGUCUGCUGCCUACAAGACGCAGAGAGCCAAGCAGCCACAAUCAAUGAGAAGUCACGGGGGAAAAGUGAGUCGUAGGACGUUAGGUGGACGACGUGGACUCUCUCCUGUAUGAAACUCAGCACUCAGAUGGACAGACAAGGAGUGUGCUGGUCCCUAUACCUCGGGUAUUGACCCUUUCCCCAUUCACUCACUGCAUUCAAAGUUUUUCUCCCUGAACAAUUGAUCAAGGCUUCCAUCUACCAUUCACACAGGGUUGGAUGUAUGCAUUGAAACAGGUCUGACACAAACAGACCAUCAAUAACUAUGAGAGAUGCACUUCAUAGAAAAACAUCACAUGAAACAGAAGUGCAUCUUUUUGUACUUUUUUGUAUUUGUAGAAAAAUCAUUGCCUGGUAGAAACGUAGUGGAAACUUAAAGCAAAAGACAAUGAAUUGAUUUCAGCACAUAAAUCUCCAUCGGUCUCCUCGACAGAAUCGAUAAAAGAACAAUAUUAUGCAAACUUUUGAAGGAUUACUCAGCUGGACUUUUACCUGAUAAGGUACAAACUGUGGUGGACUGUUGACAGACUCUCACAAGGACACAAAUACACGGACAUGUGAAGUCUUUUUUUUUUUUUUACAUACAGUACAUCAGCGCUUUGGGCCUUUGCCUCACCACUCACUGAAUAUGAUACUGUACCUUUCCUGUUCCAUGUGAGCUCAGUGGGGUUGGCGGUUCUUCAAAUUAAUAAUGCAAUCACCUUUAUUCCAUUUGUCUUUGUUCUUUUCACACUUCAGCUGUAGACGUCUAGAUUAUUUAUUCCUGUACUGAGAUAUACUUUGUAGCUGUUUUUAGCAGCUCAGUAUUCCGUAGCCUGAUUCAUUUGGAGUGCAUCAAAAAAUCAAUUUGAAGGGACUGAUUUGGUGUGAGCUACAGACCUGAAGGUUUAGAGUUAGCGAUAAAAAUCAAAGUAUUUAAUCUGCCUGAUCAAAAUUCAGUAUUUCUAUGGAGCAGUCUUACUCAGUGAUUUGCAACAUUGCCUGCAAUGACCUAAGUCAGUGGCAGAUUUACAAUAUCUAGAUAUCGUCAUAUAGCCCAACCCUUUGUUCAGAUUAUUAAUUUGAGGGUAUGAUUCAUCAUGAAUCACAGAUUUUCACUCCGACACCCUGCUGGACUCUAGUCUCAUCACUGCUGCAGAACAUAUUAUAGCAAAUACUGUCAUUUUCCAGACUCAGCUGAGUAUCUUCACACUCUCCUGUACUCUUUGUCUUAAUCAGUAUUGUAAAUAACUUGCAGAUAUAUGAAAUCUUCAAAGCUUCCCAGUGGGCAAAAGAAUCUCUGACAGCAUGCCAAUAUAUUCACCGACUGUACACAUACCUUAACAUUGUGGAUGACAACAACAACGUUGUCAUUCACUGGUAAAAUACUUUAUAAAGCCCGGUGAGAGCAUUACUAGCCAUCUGUAUUCAAGUGCCGCAAAGACCUAUAAUGCUAUAAACCGUCAGCGUAGAUGAACAAAGCCUCCAUAAUCAAAUGUGACAUUAUAUUUGUGUUUGCUACUAGAUUCAGACACUGUUUGCUGUGGAGUAUUUCCUGUCAAGAAACAAACGGCGGUCAGGCUUUGAAGGGUGCAUCACCACUGGAAGUCUUUAUAACGUGUUAAUAUCUGCUUAACUGUGUUGCUGUAAAAGUAGUGAUAGGUCGAGAAGAAGUCGAAUAUAAAGACGAUAAAUAUUCUCUGUAGUUGUACCAUCACUCCUGUGCACGGAGAUCAAGAUGCUGGACAGAAAGAACAUUAAUCUACACGAGGGGGCUGUUUAUUCAGAAGAACGAGGUUUUGUAUUCACGACUACGACCCUACUGUAUUUCCAAAGCAUGUUUUGAGUACGAAUAAAGCCAGAGUAGCCGUUGAAUGCAAAACCUUUAAGUGCCAGCGGCCAUUUUAAGAUAUAUAAGUGAUACGUCACCCAGUUCUACUGUAUCAAACACUCACCUGCUGUCGUGGGUUCAGAUGAGGGUCGAUCAAUGUUCAGAAUAAUUUAAAGGAACUAACAGCGACACCUAGUGGAAAAAACUGGUACUGCAGUAAAAAUUCAAACACAAACAGACUAACUGAAACAGUGGACGGUGCCGCUGUGGCAAACCAAGAACAUGAAAUGACCUCUGAUAAAGUCAAAACCUUUUUGUCCCUCAUUUGAGCCCAUAGCUGCUGAGUGUGAAGACAGUUUUGGGGUGAAAGAAUCACUUGAACAGCCCCCAAGAGUUAAAUCAGGAUGAACAUUGUGUGAAUGAGAUGCACAGGGAAUUUGGCUCCACGUUCAAACACCAUCAGAAGGUUCUGGAAGUUCGACUGCCAUAAGUGUCGGCGGUCUUGUUCAAGUCCGACUGGAGAUGAGAUCUUAGACGAGUUCACGUCCAAUAAUGUAGCUCUCGCUCUUCAUUUAACUUCUUCCAGUUCUUAGACUGAAUAUUCUGCUUUAAAAAACAUAACGUGCAUGCGACUGAAUCAGUGAUCUGAUCAAUUACCAGACAACCCUUUAGUUGGUGAUGUCACAGGUCGUCAUGGCAGCGAGGUCCCAGCCUUCAGGGCGUGAACAAGGCCACAGCGGCGUAUGGCACCAUGUGAAAUAGGCAAAGCAAGAGGUGUGUCAUAAUAAAUGUUUUCAUCUAAUAAAAAGUGACGUGUUUCAUUAAA